AUGGCGUUCCCCGGAGCCUGGGCCGGCGUCUGGGCGGCAGCAGCCAGAGCGGCCCAGAGGAGCCGCUGCGUGGAGAACGCAGGAGAGUCCCCGAGUCCUGAGCCUGCGGGCCGGCGCGCGGCGCUUUACGUACACUGGCCUUACUGCGAGAAGCGCUGCAGUUACUGCAACUUCAAGUACAUCCCUCGCCGCGUGGAGGAGGCUGCCAUGCAGAAGUGUCUGGUGACCGAAGCGCAGACGCUGCUGCGGCUCAGCGGGGUGCAAUGGGUGGAGUCUGUGUUCUUUGGUGGGGCCCCCAGUCUAGCCAGUCCCCACACGUUGGCUGCUGUCCUGGAGGCUGUGGCACAGACAGCCCACCUGCCUGCAGACUCGGAAGUCACAUUGGAGGCUAAUCCUACUUCAGCUCGCUCCAGACUGGCAGAGUUCGGGGCAGCAGGGGUCAACAGGUUGUCUAUAGGCCUCCAGUCCCUAGAUGACACUGAGCUCCGGCUGUUGGGACGGACGCACUCGGCCUGCGAUGCUCUGCGGACGCUGGCAGAGGCCCGGCGCCUCUUUCCCGGGCGCGUGUCUGUGGACUUGAUGCUGGGGCUGCCUGCACAGCAGGUGGGGCCGUGGCUUGGGCAGCUGCAGGAACUGCUGCACCACUGUGAUGACCACCUCUCCCUCUACCAGCUGUCCCUGGAGCGGGGAACCGCACUCUUCGCCCAGGUGCAGCGGGGUGCCCUUCCAGCCCCUGACCCGGAGCUCACAGCUGAGAUGUACCAGAGGGGCCGGGCCGUUCUUCGAGAGGCUGGCUUCCACCAGUAUGAGGUCUCCAACUUUGCCCGGAAUGGAGCGCUCAGUACCCACAAUUGGACUUACUGGCAGUGUGGUCAGUACCUUGGCAUUGGGCCUGGGGCCCAUGGGCGAUUUAUGCCCCAGGGGGCUGGAGGCCACACCCGGGAGGCUCGGAUCCAGACACUGGAGCCUGACAACUGGAUGAAGGAGGUGAUGCUGUUUGGCCAUGGCACCCGGAAGCGUGUCCCCCUGGGCAGGCUGGAGCUGCUGGAGGAAGUUUUGGCCCUGGGGCUACGCACCGAUGUGGGGAUCACUCACCAGCACUGGCAGCAGUUUGAGCCCCAGCUGACCCUGUGGGACAUGUUUGGAGUGAACAAGGAGGUGCAGGAGCUGCUUGAGCGGGGCCUACUCUAGCUGGAUCACAGGGGCCUUCAGUGUUCCUGGGAGGGUCUGGCUGUGCUGGACUCUGUCUUGCUGACCCUCCUGCCUCAGCUCCAAGAGGCCUGGCAGCAGAGAACCCCCUCCCCUGUGCCAGGAGGAUGACAAAAUGUUCCUGUGUUCCAGGGUAAUGCCAGGCAAUUACCUCCCCAAGAGAAGCCUUCCUUACUUUGGAGUAAGGUCCUAAGACAGCUGGAUGAGUCAGGAAAACCAUGUCCCCUCUAGGUAUUAUUAAUAUAAGCAGGAAGGGAUCUACUAUAGGAAUGAAGUAUUUAUAAAACCACUGAAAGGGAUAGAGAAGUGAAAAUUGGAGAAAGCCAGUAGCAACUGUCAGAAAUCAGCAACGUGCAGGAGGCACAGAAAACUCCUGCUGAUGGUCUCAGCUUCCAGCAGCACAAAAGCAGAUGAUGUACUGGAAAGUGCUCAGAAGAUGCUAGAAAACCUCAUGCCUACUGUCUGCCACUGCUGGAAAAGGAAUCAUGGUUUCUAGACGUGCCUCUCAUUAGUGGACUUUAAAGCAAAUCCUGGCUGGCAGGAAAUUCUGAGGAAUAUAGUUCUUAGGCUUCCAGCCUCUACCAUGCAGGAGAGAACACAGAAGGACUGAUACAUGUUGGUGGAUCCAUGUAUGUGUCCAGCACAGCGGCCUGCUGGACUCUGAGAACUGGGAAAGAUCAGAGCAAGCCUUGCCUCUUUUCUUCGGGAAACCAGAAUAUGUUUGGGGUGGUAGGAGCCACACAGACUCUCCUGAGCCCCCUCACUGACUUCCUUCCCCCUGUGCCUUUCCUUUAAGAGUGAAGGUGGGUGGAGUUGACCAGAGAAAGGGGAGAGAAUUCAGGAAAGACCCAAAGUGUUUGUAAUUCUUCUUUGUCCUUUUACCUACAGAA